UCUACUGGCAGUGGCUGGGCGCUCCCUUCUCCGGGCACUUGGUUGAUAUUCCAGUGCAUAAGGGGCGCCGGGUCGCUCGCCCCUGCAUCGGCGCUCCGUGCGGCAGCCGGCAGCUGGACCAGCUUGGCACUCUGCAAACACAUUCCUCGCUCUUCCCACCUGGCAUUUGGCAGGAUGAGAGUCCACCCUUGGAGCUCCGUCACCGGAUCCCCAACAAGUGAAGGCGACCGGGGGGCGGCCCCUUACCCGACCGAAGGGAGAAAAUGAGAGCAGAGUUUUUUACGCACAUUUCCACUCCAAGUCUUCUCGGGCACACGUGAUCCGUUAGCUGCGAUCCGCAACACACGGUCCUCCCCUCCCCUCCCCUCCCCUCGGUCCGCGGGAAAGGCGCGGGUGUCUGUUUUAUCCUGGUGGCUGACAGCACCGUCAAGUUUCUUGCCAGAGGUGCAAAGAGAAGCGCCGCUGGGAGUGAGCGUGGGCAUCAGUUGGUGAACUGUGCCCAUCACUGAAAGGCGAGGAGGAGAGGAGAGGAGGGGGUCGCCCCGUCACGACUCUUGAAGGCUCAGCCAUUUCUCCCGGUCUCGCCGCCUCCUCCCCUCCAGGAGAAAGUCCCUUCUUUCUCUGACUGCUAAUCCCUGCCCAUCCUUCGAGCUGCACGCCAACCCGUCCCUCCCCAGAAAAGAGGGCGAAGUGAAACAAGGCAACUCAAACCAAGAAAAAAACCGAAAUAUCUCGUCGAUGUCGAAAAAACGUAAAGCCCUUGAAGGAUCCCUGGUCCCGGAGGCGUCGCCAGCUACGGGGGCGAAAGACCAAGUUACUGAAGCAGAAGAACCCGAGGAAACACUGACUGCUGGUCUGACAGAUGAAAAAGUAAAGACUUAUCUUUCCCUUCAUACACAUGUACUAGAAGAAUUUGUGGCAGACAGUGUUGAUGUUGAAACAGUAGAAAAAUGGCUAAUGAAAAAACACAACAGGCAAGAUGAUGACACCUUGUCCAAGGAAACUAAUAGGUACUUGGAAAGCAACAUUCAGGCAGUGGUCUAUGAAUUAAAUUCCUACCUAGAACAGCGUCUGGACGUUGGCGGUGACAACAAACUACUAUUGUAUGAAUUGUCCAACGUCAUAAAAACAGCUACCAAUGCUGACACAUUUGCGCUUUAUUUUGUGGGAGAAUGCAGCAAUCAAUCACUGUGCUUGUUUACUCCAAUGGGAUUAAAAGAUAAACAACAGCGACUUAUUCCUGCUGGACAAGUUGGAUAUGGCACUACAAUAGCGUCAUAUGUAGCCAAGUUCAGGAAAACGCUCUUAGUAGAAGAUAUUGCUGGGGAUAAACGAUUUCCCAAAGGGACAGGGCUGGACUCAGCGACUCCUAUCCAAUCUGUUCUCUGUUUACCAAUAAUCACUGCCACAGAUGAAUUAAUAGGUGUUUUGGAAUUGCAUCGAUAUUUUGGCAAAGAUCCUUUUGAUGUCAACCAGCAGAAGGUUGCCACUGCAAAUUUAGUAUGGGCUUUGGUGGCAAUACAUCAAAUCCAGGUGUCCAAAGGUCUUGCCAAGCAAACUGAAUUGAAUGAUUUUCUACUGGAUGUUUCCAAAACCUACUUUGAUAAUAUAUUGGCAAUAGAUUCACUACUUGAACACAUUAUGAUAAAUGCAAAAAGCUUGGUGAAUGCAGAUCGCUGUGCACUCUUUCAGGUUGACCACAACAAGAGAGAGUUGUAUUCAGACUUGUUUGACAUCGGUGAAGUGAAAGAAGGAAGACCAGUCUUCAAGAAAACCAAAGAGAUUAGGUUUUCUAUUGAGAAAGGAAUUGCUGGACAAGUGGCACGGACAGGAGAAGUUCUAAACAUUCCUGAUGCCUAUGCAGACCCUCGCUUCAACAGAGAAGUAGACCUGUAUACAGGGUAUACAACACGAAGCAUUCUCUGCAUGCCUAUCGUCAGCCGAGGGAUUGUCAUUGGUGUUAUACAAAUGGUGAACAAAAUGAGUGGUAAAGCCUUUACUCAAACAGAUGAGAAGAACUUUAAAAUGUUUGCAGUUUUCUGUGCUUUGGCUUUACACUGUGCAAAUAUGUACCACAAAAUACAACAAUCAGAGUGUAUUUAUCGGGUCACAAUGGAGAAGCUGGCUUAUCACAGUAUAUGCACAUUUGAAGAGUGGCAGAGCCUCAUGAAAUCUACACUUCCCAAAGCCCUUUGCAAAGAAAUUGAACAAUUCCAUUUUGAUAUCAGCCCCUAUGAGGACCUCUGGCCAAGUAUUUUUGUCUAUAUGAUCCAUAGCAGCUGUGGAAAGAACAGCAUUGAUCUGGAGAAACUGUGUCGGUUCACAAUGUCAGUGAAGAAAAACUACCGCCGUGUGCCUUACCACAACUGGAAACAUGCGGUCUCUGUGGCACAUUGCAUGUACACCAUCCUGCAGAGCGUCCAGGGCACAUUUUCAGAAUUGGAGAGAAAAGGUCUCCUUGUGGCUUGUUUGUGUCAUGACCUAGACCACAGAGGUUAUACUAACAGCUAUCUACAUAAGUUUGACCACCCACUGGCUGCUCUAUAUUCCACUUCCACAAUGGAGCAGCAUCACUUCUCCCAGACAGUUGCUAUCUUACAGUUGGAAGGGCAUAAUAUUUUCGACAAUCUGACAGGUGAUGAAUAUGAACAUUUGCUAGACAUCAUUCGGAAAGCCAUCAUUGCCACUGAUCUGGCACUAUAUUUUGGCAACAGAAAACAGUUAAGUGACCUGCUGCAAGCAGGAGCAUUGAACAUCAACAAUCAAGCACACAGAGACAGGGUGAUUGGUCUAAUGAUGACAGCUUGUGACCUCUCCUCCGUCACCAAGUUAUGGCCAGUUACCAAGGCAACAACCAAUGAUAUCUAUGCUGAAUUCUGGGGAGAGGGUGACGAGAUGAAAAAAGUGGGAAUACAGCCGAUGCCUAUGAUGGACAGGGAUAAAAAUGAUGAGAUCCCCGAGGGCCAGGUUGGUUUCUACAAUGCUGUAGCCUUGCCUUGCUAUCGUAUACUUGCAGAGAUCUUUCCAGCAAGCACUCAGCUGCUAAAAUCUUGCAGAGAGAAUCUUGCUCAGUGGGAGAAGAUAGUACAAUCAAGAGGUGCCUCAGGAACAACUCGAAACCCAACAGCCCCUUUGAAGAACAGCCCUGUAAAAAUUGAGAACUAAUGGAACCAAUACUCUGAAAUGAAUGCUCCACUGUUAAGUGUUUGGCUCCAAACUGAAGAGGAGCCUGUAACUGUUGGUGAUACAGUAACAUUACCUCAUGAAUCCAUGACAACAUGACUCCCUUUCUAGUUGAUAACACUAGACAUCUGGAAACUUAACAUUUUGUAAGGCAUCAGAUGUAACUGAGCAAAUCUGUUGUGUCUGAAAAUAACAUGAUUUUUUAAGAGAACAUUGGCCCUUAACCAUAUGCUGUAUUGCUGUGGCCUUAAUAUACUUCUAAACAGGGAGGUACUUUCCAUGCAAUUGUAUGCUAGGUGUAGCAUCUGCAGUGGUACUUAAAAUAAUCUGUCUAGGUUGAAAACAGUACUGGUCUGAAAUCAUUAUUUUCGUUAUAAGUAGUUUAUAUAUUAGUAUGAAUGUUGGUAGAAGAUAUAUAUAUAGAAGGAGGUUGCAUUGUAGUAGUUGUAGUCUGAGAGUGACAAAUAUUGUUAAAUUAUUACUUAAACUGAUGACAGCAUGCAUCAGACAUGCAUCAGAUGUGCAAAUUGCAAAAAAUAAGACAGAUCUUUCAGCCAUCUUCGAACUAUUUCCAAUCUAGAACAGCGAAGGAAAUUCAUCAUCAGAUUUCUAUUGGGGGUGUAAAUGAAUGCAAGUCAUGGGAUGAAGAAUUUCUUUGUAGGAAAGACAGAAGCAAUGUUUUCCUCCUGACCUGUAACAAGCUGGUUUAGACAUUUCAUUUACGUCAUUAGUUUGAGCAGUAAUUUUGGUGAAAGGAUGUAUGGUGAAGGUGCUCCAGAUUGGAUAAAAUCUUGGUAAACUUGACGUUGGUAAUUUGAAAUAGCAAAGCUAAUAUUUUCCCCAUAUCUAAACAGUAGCAUGUAAUGAUGGGCAGAGGGAACAAGACAGCAGCAACAAUUCAGUAAAAAGUUUGUCAAGAUCUCAGCAGGAUGGCAAUUUUAAAAAGUUUUUUUUAAACCUUUUAGUUCUUAAAUGGGUGAAGUGAGUGAGAGAUGAGAAGUAAGAAUUUACCUGCUUACUCAAUGAGUGGCAUUCUUGAGUUUGCAGGUUUGUGAUGCAUUAUAUCAUAGGACAGAUGUUCUCUCGAUACAGGAGGCACCGAGUGACACUCAUGGCUGCCCUACAGUGAACAAUCACACCUGUCAUUUGAGCCAUCAUAAUGCCACUGAUAGCUGAAGUAGUUGAAUUGAACCCCAACCAGAAGUUCCAAUGCUUUUGUACCCUUCAGCUGUUCCUACUCCAGAGUAAGGUACUAGAUAAAAGUUUUGCAUUUGAAAAGGAAAACAUGAGAGCAUCUGACAGGCACAAGGUAAGUAAACUACCUGCCAACAGAUCAAAGGACCAUAUUAAUGUGACAAUGAUUGCACAGAUUUAUUCCAGGAAUGAAUAAUCUUUUUGUCUUCGUGGAUCACUCAUCCAAGUAUUGUUCAUUACCAUAUGCCACUUCUGAAUAAUGAGAAUACUGAAUAGCAUUCACUAACCACCAAUGAAAUUAAAAAUGAAUCUUGCCGUUCAAGGUUUAGAAAUAAUUUGCACAAUCUAAGUUAUACAAUCAGUAGCUUGGCAAACCUAUGGAAUAAGAUUUACAAGUGUCAAUAGAAAUAGCCUAACCUCUGAGGCAAAGGCUUUAAGCAUAUACUGUCCUGCUUUCCUGACUAAAGUGGGAUGUGUGAUUGCUAGAACAUUCCCAAUAAUUGAAAAAGAAAUAUUGGUAAUAUGAUCUUGCAUCCCCACGUCAUGUUUGCUAGACAAAAAGAGAUGAUUCAGGGGAAGAGAAAAUGGAAAUUCUAUCACGCAUAACAAAGAAUGCCCCUUGCAUAAAUGCUUUUAAUCCUUAUCUACUUCUGCACAUCGAUCAUUCCACUUAUAGUAUCUGAACAUUUAAAACAUGCAAAAUUGAAAUAUCCAAAUUGGCAAAACAUUGAAUCCUUUGAACUUCACUUGCCUCCCUAACAUCCAUUGUGAAAGACAUACCAUAGAACUGAUGGGCCUUUUCAAGUACUUCUAAUAUUGCAGUAUGUUGCACUAGUCUACUCAGAAUGCUGUCAAUCUUGUUAGCGCUAGUUUCUUCUGGAAGUUUUAAAACUAUUUUUUGCACUCUUUCAUUGUACUUAAUAUAAUGGAAUGCUUUGUGUGCAUGUAAUAUGUACAAACAAACUGGAACUUCAUAACAUAUUACCAAUCACGCCAGCUGCCUAAGCAGCUUCAACGUCACCUGUAAAUAUAAGAAAAUGCUGACUAACUGUCCACUUUAGCUUUAUUAUAACAUGUAAUGUUUCAGUGUAACAAAUGUUAAUAUUUAGGCAAUUGUUUACUGCAAGUGAUCUUGGUUAUGUACAUUUACAAUGCAGAAACAUAACAUUGUUAUUGUAAAUUAAUUUUUACACAGUAUAGUAUGUUGGUUUAAAAAGUCCAAAGUUUUGGAUGGGCUUUUAUGUUACAAGAGAAGUAUUUCCAGAGUAGAUGUGUGUUGACUAGUAACAGGACAUACUCUGUAAGUAGAGAAAAUGGAAAAAAAUGCAAGUGCAAUAAUUUUGAGGUGUCUUAACUUCCAGUUUAUAAAUUAUAAAUAUUGUAUAUGUUCUGUAAGUUUUCUUGUCUCUUCAUUUGCAGUCUUUGUAUU